AUGCUAUCAAUACUCACCACUUACUUAAUCAACCCAUUAAUCUUGAUAGUACCCGUCCUCCUAGCCGUUGCUUUUUUAACGCUCCUCGAACGCAAAGUACUAGGCUACAUACAACUCCGAAAGGGUCCAAAUAUUGUAGGGCCUUACGGCCUCCUUCAACCCAUUGCCGACGGAGUCAAACUAUUUAUUAAAGAGCCCGUACGCCCAGCAACCUCCUCCCCCAUCCUCUUUCUCCUUGCCCCUAUAUUAGCCCUUACACUAGCACUAACCCUGUGAGCCCCCCUGCCCCUCCCACACCCCAUAGUUGACCUCAACCUAGGCAUUAUAUUUAUCCUAGCCUUAUCCAGUCUCGCGGUGUAUUCUAUUUUAGGGUCAGGCUGAGCCUCUAAUUCAAAAUACGCCCUUAUUGGAGCCUUACGUGCCGUAGCCCAAACUAUUUCCUACGAAGUUAGUCUAGGCUUAAUUCUUCUAAGCGUAAUUAUUUUCACAGGGGGCUUCACCCUUCUCACAUUUAACACCGCGCAAGAGGCUAUUUGACUGCUUCUUCCUGCUUGACCAUUAGCAGCAAUAUGAUUCACCUCCACCCUUGCUGAAACUAACCGCGCCCCCUUUGACUUAACUGAGGGUGAAUCCGAGCUGGUCUCCGGCUUCAACGUAGAAUAUGCAGGAGGCCCCUUCGCCUUAUUUUUCCUGGCCGAAUACGCCAAUAUUCUCUUCAUAAAUACUCUCUCAACAAUUCUAUUCCUAGGGGCCUCCCACAUACCCCUUAUUCCAGAGCUCACUACAAUUAACUUAAUAAUUAAAGCAGCCCUACUCUCAGUAGUCUUUUUAUGGGUUCGAGCCUCUUACCCCCGAUUUCGAUACGACCAACUUAUGCACCUCAUUUGAAAAAACUACCUCCCAAUCACGCUAGCCUUAAUUAUUUGACACCUAGCCAGCCCUACCGCAUUUGGAGGCAUCCCCCCUCAACACUAA